UCUUUCUUCCACCAUGGUGAAGGACCCAAACGCAAACGCAAAAGCCAAAACCAAGAAACCCCACAAUGGCCACGACCUUCACUACCGCGGCGUCAGAAAGCGGCCCUGGGGCCGUUACGCCGCCGAGAUCAGAGACCCCAACAAGAAAACGCGGGUUUGGUUAGGCACCUUUGACACCGCCGAAGAAGCUGCGCGUGCUUAUGAUGCGGCGGCGCGUCAGUUCCGCGGCCCCAAAGCCAAGACCAACUUCCCCAACACGACAGCAACCAACGAGAACACCACCAACAACAACAGCCCCAGCCAGAGCAGCACCGUGGAGUCCUCCACCCCGGAGCGUGAGCCCACGCGCCGCCCCAACAACCGCUUCCCCUUCCUCCACCAGCUCCUCGUUUCUCCCGUCUCUCCCAUGGGACCGGUUCAGCCGGUGUUUUUCCUGGACCGCCCCGGCUUGUUUCCUGUCCGGUUCGAACCGGUUCCGGUUCAGAGCGACUCCGAUUCGUCCUCUGUGGUGGAUUGUCAACCCAAAAGAGAGCUAAAUCUGGAUCUUAACCUCGCUCCUCCUAUGGAUGUUUAAUUUUUUUUUAUAUUUUUUUUUUAUUUUUCAUAUAGUACCUAGAAAAAAAAAAAAGCAGACAGCGGAAAGGAAAGGACUAAGGACAAUUUUUAUUUUUAUGAUAGAUUAAAAUUAAUCUCCUGUUAAUUACAUCUUUGGGUGUAAAUAAGUUUAGAUCUUUGGAAUUGACAAAGGACAUCACCAGAAAUUGUUUAGAUCUGGUAGUAUAAUUCUAUGUAAGAUGUAAUUCUGGCUAAUGAUAAUUUUUCUUACCAUAA